AUGAGAGGGCCACAGGCCUCCCAUCCCCCCCUUACCGGACCCGACGAGCACCCUCCAGGAGAAUGGGCCUCCCAUCUCAAGGUACUUCCUUAUGAAUGCGUACGCGAUGAACGAGAUAUCUCGCCUCCCUUCCUGCGUUUCCUCAUCACCCUCCCACCUUGCCGAGAGCCCAUGCUACGGGACAGCAUUCCCUGGAAUGCUGUGGACCUAAACGAAGAAAUCGGCAAGCUUGCUGAGCAUGUUGAAGCGGCAUACAUGUUCAUGGUCGGGCGUCGUAUUGAGCUGGAGUGUGCGUUGUGCCAACUCGGAGGAGGGGUUUUCCCUUACUGCGUAGUUAUCGACUACGAAGACGGCCAAUCUGAGUGCUGUAAUUGCCACUGGGAAUGCACCACUGAUGGCUGUUGGCUCCUUGGAAAACGGGGUCAAUAUUUCUUCCAAAGCUUGUUCUAUGAGGAAUCUUUAUAG